GACAUAGCUACGCGCAUGCGUCCUUGCGCCUCUAUUGGGGCAGCAAUGGCGUCCUCCUUCGCAGUGUGCAGGCUACAUAUGAGGGGAAGGGGAAUUCUAGUGAAGGGUCUACAGAAGGUCGAUACGUGUCUUCACAGGAAUAUUGGAACAAAUGUUGUUGCUGCGCAAAGUGCAGCUCUUCGGAAAGAAGAAACUGAUGAAAAGGAGGGGUGCAAAUCGUUGUAUGCUGUCCAGGCAGAGAGACAAGAACAGGCAGAGAGAUCUGUUCUCAUCAGCUGCCACUCCAGAACCAAUGAGAAGAAGUUCCUUAAGCAUUUAUCAAAACAUGGAGAUAUAAAGAAAUACUUCUUUUAUGAAAGCUAUGGCAUGUAUGCUGUAGUGGAAUUUGCCAACCGGGAAAGUGUUGUUUCAUUACUUGAAGAGGCAGUCAUCCCCAGCGUUAACCAUGAAUCCAUGGUUCCUUUUAAAUCGAGACUGCUGUCACUGAAGAACCUCGGCUCAGCUGACUCAACUAACCAGCAGUCAGGCCAUCAGUGCCAACCGCAAGCCACUAUUCCCAUCAACGAGCUCAUACAGAGACUGUCCAGAGAGGAAAGUAUAGACCAACAGGUAACCUUCCUGACAGAAGCCUAUCAGCUAACAGAGGAGAACAGCCGACUGCGUUUCCUUGUCUGCUCUCUGCUCAAGGACAUUGCUGCUGCUUAUUUCCCAGAAUGCAACAUCAAGCCGUUUGGCUCAUCAGUGAACGGCUUUGGAAAACUGGGCAGUGACCUGGACAUGUUUCUGGACCUCGAUGGCAUCAGUGGGAGAAACACAAAGAUGCCAAAAUCAGGUUUGUCUCUGGAGUACCAGAUGAAGAGGGCCAACUCCGAGCGGGCUGUCACCCAGAGCACCCUGUCAGUCAUUGGGGAGUGUGUGGACCAGUUUGGACCUGGGUGUGUAGGGGUGCAGAAGAUUCUCAACGCACGAUGCCCCUUGGUCCGUUUCGCCCACCAGCCCUCUGGUUUUCAGUGUGACCUCACAGCCAAUAACAGGGUGGCCAUGAAGAGCACAGAGCUACUGUACCUGUACGGAGUGCUGGACCCGCGCGUGCGUUUCCUGGUGUUCACUGUGCGCUGUUGGGCUCGAGCCCAUGGCAUCACCAGCGGCAUUCCCGGGGCCUGGAUCACCAACUUCUCCCUCACUGUCAUGGUGCUCUUCUUCCUGCAGAGGAGGAGCCCUCCCAUUAUCCCUACCUUGGACCACCUCAGAGACCUUGCAGGUCCUGCGGACAAGAGCGUGAUUGAGGGGAAUGACUGCACGUUUGUCAGCGACAUCAGCAAGAUCCAGCUCCAGAGCAACACAGAAACACUAGAGAAACUGCUGUAUGAAUUUUUUGAGUUCUACGCCACUUUUGCGUUCAACAAGAUGUCCAUAUCUAUCAGAAAGGGCAAAGAGCAGAACAAGCCGGAGGUAGCCCCACUGCACAUCCAGAACCCGUUUGAAACCUCUCUGAACGUCAGCAAGAACGUCAACGCCACACAGCUAGAGCGCUUUGUGGCUUUGUGUCAGGAGAGCUCCUGGCUGCUCCAGCAGAGUGAAACCAACACACCCGGAAGUGGAAAUAAAGGCAACACUCCCACACCUUGGGGACUGGCUACCCUCCUCCUGCCCUCCCAGGUUGCAGGGAUCAAAAGUCGCAAGAAAAGAAGACGGGAGCCGGCCAGUGAGAGGAUCAAGAGCUUGCUGGAAUCCUUGAAGAAUAACAAUCAGCAAAAGAAAAGCUAAGACGCUUAGGAGAUCUCAGAACUCAACUCCAUCCUCUUACCAUUACUUUAACUCAUUCAUUGUUGGACACCUACUGGUGUUAAUGUCUUGAUACUCUCUGAGGUGGUGUUGAGUUCUUUGCAGUGGAAUAUAUAUGCUGGACUCUAAUUCCAAACAUGGACACUGGAGGGUGUUACUGAGGCCUCUAUGUGCAUAUGUUUGGGACCUGGGAUAAGGGAGUGAUUACUGGGUACUUUAAUGUAGACUUAACCUAGUCUGUUGUAAUUAAAGCCAGUAUUAUGGAAACUGAUGUCCCGCCAGAUUCUCAUGUAGGAGCUAAGACUGUAGAUUCACAGGUUAUUCAAAAUCUGUUAUUAUUUUCACUGAUACGCAACAUAAUCUGAAACACACGUCAGACAAAAUCACUGGAGGUUGGCCUAUAGAUAUCAUUUUUGUAUUAAUUUUAAAUUAGCCCACAGAUGGAAUAAUAAGCUUUUAUUGCAAACUGAAAAACUGGGUUUGCUUAUUACGGCGCUUGAAAACUGACAGAAAGCAGUAAAUGGGUAUCAGAUGCAUCAAAAUUAUAACUGAAUACAGGACUCUACAGUAACUUUUAAAAGUAAAUGCCAGGCUCUCAACCAAGUAUUAGCUUUUGGUUGCUGAAACUAAAAAUCGGGUUGCCAUUUUGUGUCAGCUUAUAUUUUGAGUAAUUAAGCUAUUAUGCAGUCAUACCAGAUCAUCUUAAUAAUGAAAAUGUGACCUAAAAGAAUGUUUAAAAGCUUUUAUUACAGUAACCAAAUAAAAAUCUAGCUUGUGUGUUAUCUGAUAGUGUUAUCAGUAAACAUGUCCACCUUCCUGGUAUACAAAAUGUCAGCAUUCGUGAUGUUGACUGGUUAGUUGAACUUUUCAACCCACAGUCAAACAACUUAAUUUACUUCACCAUUGUCUUGUAAAACAGAUACCUGUGCGCACACACACUGGUAAAUAAAUGCACCACCUUUGAUUCAUGUUCUGACUGUAACAGCAAUUUAAAAUAUCACUAAUGCAUCAUUAUUAAGAAAUUAUUUAUUUUGCGGUGCACGUUUUGCUGUUUGCUGACCCUAUUCUUUAUAUGUUUAAAAAGUUACCAGUGGCAACCACUUUUUAACAUUGUAACACUGGUUGCCAAUUUCUCAAAAUGGUUGUCUUUAAUCUCUAACUAGUUGGUAAAGAAAGAGAAAAGCUUUUUAUUGUUUUCUUUUACCUGCAAUAACUUGAUAAAAUACAUCACUGCCUUAUUUUCACUCUGUUUAUCUCUGACUAGCUUAUUUUAUUGUUUAACUCUCAAUGUAGAAUAUCAUACUACAGCAAUUACAGGUCUUAGUGGCAUGUUCGCUUUCCUGAAAACACUGUUAGCUACGCACACCGAGCACCAGCCUUUUGACCUAUAGCUACCCAGCUGAAGCUGACUUUCAUCAUAAAUCUAGACUAGAGCAAGUAAAACCUAAACUACAGUAACAUGACUUUAUAUAGGUACACAUUGCAUUAUAGAAUAUUAUGGAAUUUAGAUUCAGCUAGGUGCAGUAGCUAAUUGGAAAGGCUGGUUCUCGGUGUGUUUAGCUAGCCACACAGUUGUUUGUAGUUCCAUUGACUAGUCUGAUGCAUUUGUGUUUCUUGGGUAAACUACCAAAAACACAGCUGGGACUAUGACCUGGAUAACUGACAACCUUCACAUACUUAUUACCAAAAACACAGGAAAUUUAAGUAGUUAAAAAGUAAAAUGAGGUAGUGACAGAUAAAUAGAAGGGUAAAAUUUAAUCAGCUUAAAAAGGAAAACAAAUUUCUUUUUUUACCGACUAAUUGGUAAAGGAAAAGUAUAAAGCUUUAUAUUUCUUUUUACACAUCAUUUAAACUAUUUAACUAAUAGUAUUGUUAGAGUGUAUUCACUUCUGUUUUUGAUUUGUCUGAUAACCUUUUAAUACCCGCUGUCCCUUUUUGGGGUGCUAGGGGCUUUUUAAAUGAAACCGUACAAAGAACACUCAGCACUUUCUCAAAUGGUACAUCUGGAUUAAAGUUUUUUGAAGCGAAUGGACUAAAACAGUGA